GGCAGAUCAGGCGGUAAAAAUACUAGGAGGAGGGUGAGAAUACCAAAAUCCAUUUCGCCAAAUUGUUGCUUUUGCUUGCAUCCAACAGUUCACAUGUUUAUGUUAAAUUAAAUUGCUAUUAUCAUAAUAAACUACUCUCUUGCUUAGCUAGUAAAUACUUUGUUUGCAUAUUUCAAUUAUAACAAACUGUUGCCGUCAGAAAACUGCAUUAUAUAAUACUUGUGGGUAUAUAAAUAGAGCUCCUAGUAAUUCCCUAAUCAAAGCCAAGUAAAAAAAUGGAUACGAGAGCAAAUGGAUUUCCUCUUCUUCUCGCUAUUCUAUGCAGCUUCCUACCGUUCUUUGUUCAGUCUCAGUGCAACAGAAACCCAGUGAUGUUCACAUUUGGUGACUCCAACACUGACACUGGCGCAUACUUUUCCGGCCUGGGUAUGAUCUUCGGAGCUCCCAACGGACGCACAUACUUCAAUCGGCCAACUGGCCGGUUGUGUGAUGGACGUUUGGUUAUUGAUUUCUUAUGUGAAAAUCUGAACUCUGAAUAUUUGACACCGUAUCUUGAACCUCUAGGAGCAAAUUUCAGAUAUGGAGCAAAUUUUGCUUUUAGCGGUGCAGCGACCUCUCCUAGAUAUAAACCUUUUAGCUUGGAUGUUCAAGUUCUUCAGUUCCUUCAUUUCCGAAACCGCUCCCCGGAGCUCUUAUCCUUAGGUAGGUAUAUACUGAUAUAUAUAGAAUCCAAAGCUUGUAAUAUAAAUGCAAGUCUUAUACUCUCUGGUUUAGGCUACAAAGACUUGGUUGGCGAGGAAGAGUUCAAAGAUGCACUUUACAUAAUGGACAUUGGACAGAACGAUUUGGCUGGUUCAUUUGAAUAUCUUUCUUACAAAGAAGUUAUCAAAAAGAUCCCAUCCAUCGUAGAUGAAAUCGACUAUGCUAUCCAGGGGAUAUAUCAACAUGGAGGAAGAAACUUCUGGGUACACAACACAGGGCCUCUAGGAUGUUUGCCCCGAGUACUUUCCAUAACUGAGAAGAAAGAAAACGAUUUUGAUGAACAUGGGUGCCUAAAGCCUCUUAAUGAGGCAGCUAAGGAAUUUAACAAGCAGAUGAAAGCAGUAUGUGAAGAACUUAGAUCAGAAUUGGAGGAUGCCACCAUAGUCUAUGUUGAUAUAUACUCCAUCAAGUACGAUCUGUUUGCCAAUGCUUCUACCUACGGUUUUGAGAAUCCUCUAAUGGCGUGCUGUGGGUAUGGAGGAGCUCCUUACAACUAUAAUAAGAAUAUAACAUGUGGGGCGAGGGGUCACAACGUUUGCGAGAUGGGAUCAAAAUACAUAAGUUGGGAUGGAGUUCAUUACACUGAAGCUGCCAAUGCCAUUGUCGCCUCCAAAAUCCUCUCCACCAAUUUCUCUGCUCCUCAAAUCAAAUUUAAUUCCUUUUGUAAUAAAUAAAAACAUAUAUGUAAAAUCAUUUUUAUAAUUUCCUCCCUAAACCCCACUUUGUGGAUUUUAUGUGGAAGAUUCCUUUUUGUUUUUUUUCUAAGAGCAGAACUUAUAUUCUCA